AGGAAUGGGCAAGGUAAUGGCAGAAGGAGAAAUGUUUGGAAUAGAUAGUCAUCUACGAAAGUAUCAUGUUAUUUUCAUUUGUAAGAGGUAAGAUUGCAGAAGGUAUAGAUUUUGAGGUUCAUUAGAAGAUGUAUUGCUGUGAUCGGAUUUCCAGCUUCGAGCAGUAAAGGCACUUUGUUUUUUGAGAGACAUAAAUCUUUAAAAAAUAAAAUUAAAAUAAAAAAUAAGAUUAAUUGAAUUUAAUG